AUGAGCGAAGAUGAAUACGGAUGGUCCUCCGGGGACGAUGAGUACCUUGUAGCUGCGCCUCCUCACGCGCCAGGCGACAAGCGCAAGCCCACCAAGGACACGCUGGAUAGAGCGCCAUCACCCAAGAGAGCCAAACCUGAAACAACAUCUACACCUCCCUCACCCAGUACUGUGCUCGCCAACAAAGUCCUCAAGCAACGCUUUGGGCUUGACAGCUUUCGCCUCGAGCAGGAAAAGGCCAUCACACGGAUUCUUGACGGGGGCAGCGCACUCGUCGUCUUCCCCACUGGCGGCGGCAAGAGUCUCUGCUAUCAAGUGCCUGCCGUUGCCUUCAGUCAUCAAGAUGAGCAGCUCAACCGACGCACUCCUGGGCACAGCGGCGUCACUCUGGUCAUCUCUCCGUUGAUUGCUUUGAUGAAAGAUCAAGUCGAUGCCCUCUUGCGCCGAGGCAUAAAAGCAGCAGUCCUAAACUCUUCCAUCUCCCGCGACCAGUUCCUGGCUGCUCAAGACGAUCUCAGAAACGGCCGUCUGGACCUCGUCUACUGCGCGCCAGAGCGUCUCAACAGCGAAGGCUUCAUUUCUUCGCUGAAAAGCAUACCUGGAGGUAUCCGCUUACUCGCUGUUGACGAAGCCCAUUGUAUUUCAGAAUGGGGCCACUCGUUCCGCCCAGACUACCUCAAGAUCGCCCGCUUCGCACAAGAAGCUCAAGUAGGGAGGGUCAUAUGCUUGACAGCGACCGCAACACCCCAAGUCGCCAGAGACAUUAUGGGGGCCUUUUCCAUUCCAGAAGAGGGGCUUUUCAGGACGACAAUGUAUCGCCCCAAUCUACGUCUCCUAGCCGAAGCAAACGCAAGAGACAGUGACUACGUAGCCAAACUCGUCACGCAUCUCAAAAAAUACCCCGGUGCGACAAUCGUCUACGUGACCCUUCAGAAAGGCGCAGAAACCCUGGCUUUGGAACUACAGAAACUAGGCUUCAAGGCCAAUGCUUACCACGCAGGUAUGUCCGCGUUGGUACGCUCAAAAACACAGGAUGAGUUUCUUUCCAGCACCGACAUGAUUGUCGUUGCUACCAUUGCCUUUGGAAUGGGCAUCGACAAGCCUAAUAUUCGCAGCAUUGUACACUUUGACAUACCCGACAGCAUCGAGUCGUACAGCCAGCAGAUUGGGCGAGCUGGCCGGGACGGAAAGUCCAGCGUGUGCAUGUUCUACCUCUCGACCAAAGACUUUUACUUGCGCAACAUCUUCACCUACGCCGACCGCCCGUCGAUACGCUCUCUGAAGCUCUUGAUGACCGACAUAUGCUCUCCAGCCCGAACCCAGCUCAAACCCGGAGAUACCUUCACCAUUUCCCUCUAUACCCAAGGCCAAGAAACCGACAUCAAAGCAAUCGUCCUCGGCAUCCUCUACGCCCAGCUUGAACUGCAAUUCAAGCUAUUCCGCGCAACAGGCGCCCUCUACACCAAAUACGCGUACCUCGUCAAAAAUGCCGCCGCCAUCCAAAACGACAAGUCGGCCGCCGCCUCGGCAAUCCGCGCAGUAGCAGUGAAAAGCAGCAAGUGGACGCACGUCGCUCUAGACGAUAUCGCAAGCACAAGAUCCAUACCGCGCGCCGAUCUCGUCCGCAAGCUCGACGACUGGAACGAGCGCGGCGCCAUUGAACUGAAAAAGGAAGGUGUGCAGAACACAUACCGUCUCGAGCGCGCGCUGCCCAGCACCGCCGAGGAAAUCAACGACAUUGUGCAGAAACUCGAUCAAAACAUGCGCGAAGCCGAGCAGCUGAAGUUGGCGCGCACAAAAGCCAUUGUACACCUCAUCACGGCUCCACGCUGCUUUGCAAAGGCAAUGGCAGAGUACUUUGGCGAGGCAUCGAAUGUCAGGGACGAAUGCGGCCAUUGCACUUGGUGCGAGACGCACUCGCAGGUUGUGCUUCCUGAUGAGCCGCCGCAGCCUCCUGAUCCGCUCAAGGUCAACAGGGUCCUGGAUGCCGUGCAUGUGCGCGACGACCCGAGGUUCCUGGCUAAACUUGCGUUUGGGAUCAAGAGUCCGCGGAUGACGGUGCUCAAGGUGUUUUCGUCGGGUGUGUUUGAGUCGAUGAAUGUGUGUGAUUUUCCGCGGCUGCUCGACGUCUUUACAGAGGCGUGUGACGAGUGCUGUUAGGGAGAUUGAGCAGGGAACUGCCAGUUUGCGAUUGUGUUUGCAUCUUGUUCCACAAGUGAUAUCCUUCAUCAUAAGCUUUUUGUAGAAGAUUACAUGUAUAGAUUGAG